CGCUUUUGUGUGGUGAGCGAGGAUGUUGCAAGCAGCUUCACGAGUGUCCCGUGCUGUCAGCAGCACUGGCGCCCGUGCCUUCUCUGGAAAGGGUGCUUACACCAUUGUGGACCAUGAGUUCGAUGCCGUUGUCGUCGGUGCCGGUGGUGCCGGUCUCCGCGCCGCCAUGGGUUGCGCCGAAGCCGGUUUCAAGACCGCGUGCAUCACCAAGUUGUUCCCCACGCGCAGCCACACUGUUGCGGCCCAAGGUGGCAUCAACGCCGCUUUGGCCAACAUGACCGAAGACGACUGGAGAUGGCACAUGUACGACACCGUCAAGGGGUCGGAUUGGUUGGGCGACCAAGAUGCCAUCCAUUACAUGUGCAAGGAAGCCCCUCGCGCCGUGUUGGAACUCGAAGCGUACGGCUUGCCUUUCUCCCGCACGGACGAAGGCAAGAUCUACCAGCGGGCGUUCGGCGGUCAAUCGUUGGACUACGGCAAGGGCGGACAAGCGUACCGUUGCGCCUGCGCCGCCGAUCGUACUGGACACGCCAUGUUGCACACGUUGUACGGCCGUUCGUUGGCGUUCGACACGGAGUACUUCAUCGAGUACUUUGCUUUGGACUUGAUCAUGAACGACGAAGGCGAAUGCUGCGGUGUGAUUGCGCUCAACAUGGAAGACGGCACCAUCCAUCGUUUCCACACGAACAAUACGGUGUUGGCGACCGGCGGGUACGGCCGCGCGUACUUUAGCUGCACGUCGGCGCACACGUGCACGGGCGACGGAACUGGCAUGGCGCUUCGCGCUGGCAUUCCAUUGCAAGACCCGGAAUUCGUCCAGUUCCACCCCACUGGUAUCUACGGCGCGGGUUGCUUGAUCACGGAAGGCAGUCGCGGCGAAGGCGGCAUCCUGCGUAACUCGGAAGGCGAGCGCUUCAUGGAGCGUUACGCGCCGUCGGCCAAGGACUUGGCGUCCCGCGACGUUGUGUCGCGCGCGAUGACGAUGGAAAUCCGCGAAGGUCGCGGCGUGGGCAAGGAGAAGGAUCACAUUUACCUGCAUUUGGACCACUUGCCGCCCGAGUUGUUGGCCGAACGCCUCCCGGGUAUCUCGGAGACGGCCGCCAUCUUUGCCGGCGUGGACGUGACCAAGGAGCCGAUCCCUGUGCUGCCCACCGUGCAUUACAACAUGGGGGGUAUCCCGACCAACUACUUUGGCGAGGUGGUGGUUCCCGACACGACGGGGUUGCCGGACGUGAACAAGACGUACCCGGACAAGGUGGUCAAGGGGCUGUUCGCCGCGGGGGAAGCCGCGUCCGCGUCCGUCCACGGCGCCAACCGCCUCGGCGCCAACUCGUUGCUGGACAUUGUCGUGUUUGGGCGCGCCGCCGCGCUUCGCAUCGCCGACAUUUCCAAGCCGGGCGAGGCCAAGCGCCCGCUUCCCCGCAACGCCGGCGACCAGUCGCUGCACAUGGUCGACACGAUCCGGUACGCGAAUGGCGCCAUCCCGACCGCCGAGCUGCGCUUGGAGAUGCAAAAGACUAUGCAGAGCGACGCCGCCGUGUACCGCACGCAGGAGACGCUGGCCGAAGGCGUGGUCAAGAUUGAUGCGAUUACGCCCAAGUUCAAGGACAUUCAAGUGACGGACCGGUCGCUGAUCUGGAACACGGACCUGAUUGAAACGAUCGAGCUCAAGAACUUGCUGGCGUGCGCGUCGGCCACGAUGCACGGCGCCGAAGCGCGCAAAGAGUCGCGCGGCGCCCACGCCCGCGAAGACUUCAGCGCGCGCGAUGACGUCAACUGGAUGAAGCACACGCUGGCGUACCACGACGACGAAACCACCAAGACGCACAUCGCAUACCGACCUGUGCACUACCACACGCUGGACGAAGACGAGUGCAAGACCGUGGCCCCUGUCGCCCGUGUGUAUUAGGAGAUGGACGGGAUGACGAGGAUAGGUCGAUCAACAUGAUGUUUUGUCCACAA